AUGUCUGAAUCUAUCUUGACGAUAGACGAAUGUUUUAGUUCCCCUCAGAGACCUGAGAUUAAAUCCGAACGUCUUAGAGUUCGAGUCAAGACUCAAGGUGAAAGUCUUAAUAUCGGUCAACUCAAGAAGGCUAUCAUUAAAAAAGGAUACCCCAGUCUAAGUGACCCAUCUCGUAUCACACUUAUCAUCCCUGAUGGCAGAGGCACUUUGUUACACGAUCACAUGAUGGCUUCGAUGGUACCACUCAAUUCUAAUAUCUUAGCAUUAGUUUCCCCAAGUGCAAAUGAAACCACUCGAUUACACUCUAAGAACGGUAUUAACUUACCAUCAAUCCUAUUCGUAUAUACAAACGCAUCACUCAAGACGUUUAUUAAAAUGCCAGAGUCUAUUCCUUUAUCUCCUUCAGGAGUUUGGUUAGCAUUAAACUUAACUUGGAAUGUAACCUUGGAACAAUUGAUUUCUUAUUUCAUUGGGAUCGGUUUUAAUCAAGAUUUAGUUGUUAAAGAAUCUCAUCGUCAUGAUGCUUUCCUUAGUUUUUCUUCUUCCGGUCCUUUUUCAAAUGUAAAUCCAAAUCACAAAGGUUAUCUUGCUCCUCAACUUAUGUUUAGACUUUGGGAUGCCGCUGGAUUGAAUAAAUUGAUUGCUUCUCAAAAUCGUGAUCGAACCCGUUGUACAUCUGAAAUCGAGGUUUAUAGCGCGUCAUGUUUCUCAGUUGACUCAGUCUCAAGUACUUCAACAAUUCAUGGUGGACCCCACGGAUACUCACCUAAAACUCCUACACCAAUUCCAUCCGUGAUCAUGGCCAGUCCAUCUGAACACGAAUCAGCAUACGAUGAGGGAUUCUAUCAACAUUUCAAUCAAUCCGCCAGGACUGUCACAAGUGCUAGUAGUGAAAGCGGUAGAAGUGCCAGCAGUGGCGCUUACAGCAGUUAUAGUAGCUCCAGCAGCAGUGGUGUUGAUGACUACUCCGAUCGAGAAUCAAUGGAUUGGCGUUCGAGUACUACUACACGCUUUUCAUCUUCAAAUAGAAUCAGUAACCUGGUCAAGAAAAUUCAAGAAUUAACUCAAGAAAGAGAUAGAGUAUUAGGAGAAUGUGAAAAACUAAAAGAAAACCAACCAUGCUCAAGUAAAAAUUCGCAUCAAUCACGUAAACUAGAAGAAGAAAGAACGAUCCUUACCAAUCAAUUAAAACAUUUAAAUCAAGAGAAUUGUACCUUGAAAGAAGAAAUCCAAGCUGAAGUUCAAACUGUUGAAGCUUUGUUUCAAAGGAUUGGUGAUUUAGAAGCUAUGAAUCAUUCUACCCAAGCAGAAGUUAAAGCUGAAGUCCAAAGUAUUCGAGAAAACUUAUCAGGAGUGAUUACUUGCCCGAUCUGUUGCGAACGAUAUGGAUCAUUAUCAUCAAACGCAGAUAGACGACCGAUUCAUCUAUCGUGCGGACAUAUCUUUUGCGCAACCUGCUUAGACACAGACUGGAGAUCACGUUUUAACGAUGGGAACCCAAACCCGUAUCGUUGCUUUAACCGUUGUACUAACGUUGAUCCGAGCAGACUUGGAGAGAUUUAUUUACUCGAAGAAGUCAAAGAAAUCUUGGAUAGAUUAACUGCUUGUUAA